CCUGCCGCAGCCCAUCCAGCUGGCUCAGAGCCGUUCCCCAGGCCCGGGUGUCUCCCUUCAUCACCCCAGAAAACAUGCAAAACAGCUCGGCGCCUCUGUGUUCCUGCCUGUGAAAUGGGGGUAGGGCUCUGUGUCCCACCAGCGAGGUGCUUGAAGAGGCUCACGAGGAGCUCCAGAGGGCAGCCUCUAGGGCGGCCCGCGGCCGCUAUUAUUAUCGGCCUUUCUAUUGUGGCGAGGAGGAAACAGACUCAGAGAGGUCCCGUGGAUUUCUCAAGGUCACACAGCGCCCCAGCAGCGGAGCGGGAAUGCAAACCCAGGAUCUCCGCCGCGAGAUCCACCCCGGCGCCCCCGAGUUCCGCAGUCUCCGGCUUCAGGACAACCCCUUGCCAGACCUUCACUGCCUGGUGCAACUCACACCUGCGCAAGGCAGGCACCCAGAUCGAGAACAUCGAGGAAGAUUUCCGCAAUGGCCUCAAACUCAUGCUGCUCCUGGAGGUCAUUUCAGGAGAGAGGCUGCCCAGGCCAGAUAAAGGCAAGAUGCGCUUCCACAAAAUCGCCAACGUUAACAAGGCCCUGGACUUCAUUGCCAGCAAGGGGGUUAAGCUGGUGUCCAUUGGUGCUGAAGAGAUCGUUGACGGGAACCUGAAGAUGACCCUGGGCAUGAUCUGGACCAUCAUCCUUCGCUUCGCCAUCCAGGACAUCUCUGUGGAAGAAACCUCAGCCAAGGAAGGCUUGCUCCUGUGGUGCCAGAGGAAGACAGCACCGUACCGCAAUGUCAACGUGCAGAACUUCCACACCAGCUGGAAGGAUGGCCUGGCCCUCUGUGCCCUCAUCCACCGACACCGCCCUGACCUCGUCGACUACGCCAAACUGCGAAAGGAUGACCCCAUCGGAAACCUGAACACUGCCUUUGAGGUGGCAGAGAAAUACCUGGACAUCCCCAAGAUGUUGGAUGCAGAAGACAUUGUGAACACCCCAAAGCCGGAUGAGAAGGCCAUCAUGACCUAUGUGUCCUGCUUCUACCAUGCCUUUGCCGGGGCUGAGCAGGCAGAGACAGCUGCCAACAGGAUCUGCAAGGUGCUGGCAGUGAACCAGGAAAACGAGAAGCUGAUGGAGGAGUAUGAGAAGCUUGCCAGUGAGCUGCUGGAGUGGAUCCGCCGCACUGUCCCAUGGCUGGAGAACCGUGUGGGUGAGCCUAGCAUGAGUGCCAUGCAGCGCAAGCUAGAGGACUUUCGAGACUACCGGCGUCUGCACAAGCCACCCCGCGUUCAGGAAAAGUGCCAGCUGGAGAUCAACUUCAACACACUGCAGACCAAGUUGCGGCUCAGCCACCGGCCUGCCUUCAUGCCCUCCGAGGGCAAGCUGGUCUCGGACAUCGCCAACGCCUGGCGGGGGCUGGAGCAGGUGGAAAAGGGCUAUGAGGACUGGCUGCUCUCGGAGAUCCGGCGCCUGCAGCGACUCCAGCACCUGGCUGAGAAGUUCCGGCAGAAGGCCUCCCUGCACGAAGCCUGGACCCGGGGGAAGGAGGAGAUGCUGAGCCAACGCGACUACGAUUCGGCUUCGCUACAGGAGGUGCGGGCGUUGCUGCGGCGCCAUGAGGCCUUUGAGAGCGACCUGGCGGCGCACCAGGACCGCGUGGAGCACAUCGCCGCGCUGGCCCAAGAGCUCAAUGAGCUGGACUACCACGAGGCGGCCUCAGUGAACAGCCGCUGCCAGGCCAUCUGUGAUCAGUGGGACAACCUGGGCACUCUGACCCAGAAGAGGCGGGAUGCGCUAGAGCGGAUGGAGAAGCUCCUGGAGACCAUUGACCAGCUGCAACUGGAGUUUGCCCGGCGGACCGCACCCUUCAACAACUGGCUGGAUGGUGCCGUGGAGGACCUGCAGGAUGUGUGGCUGGUACACUCUGUGAAGGAGACCCAGAGCCUGCUGACAGCGCAUGAUCAGUUCAAGGCAACGCUGCCCGAGGCUGACCGAGAGCGAGGUGCCAUCAUGGGCAUCCAGGGUGAGAUCCAGAAGAUCUGCCAGACGUAUGGGCUGCGGCCCUGCUCCACCAAUCCCUAUGUCACCCUCAGCCCGCAGGACAUCAACACCAAGUGGGAUAUGGUCCGAAAGCUGGUGCCCAGCCGUGACCAGACACUGCAGGAGGAGCUGGCACGGCAGCAGGUAAACGAGAGGCUCCGGCGACAGUUUGCGGCCCAGGCCAAUGCCAUUGGACCCUGGAUCCAGGCAAAGGUGGAGGAAGUGGGGCGGCUGGCAGCAGGGCUAGCCGGCUCUCUGGAGGAGCAGAUGGCUGGGCUGCGGCAGCAGGAGCAGAACAUUAUCAACUACAAGACUAAUAUUGACCGGCUGGAGGGUGACCACCAGCUGCUGCAGGAGAGCCUGGUGUUCGACAAUAAGCACACCGUCUACAGCAUGGAGCACAUCCGCGUGGGCUGGGAGCAGCUGCUCACCUCCAUUGCCCGCACCAUCAAUGAAGUGGAGAACCAGGUACUGACCCGAGACGCCAAGGGGCUGAGCCAAGAGCAGCUCAACGAGUUCCGAGCAUCCUUCAACCACUUUGACCGGAAGCGGAACGGGAUGAUGGAGCCUGAUGACUUCCGAGCUUGCCUCAUCUCCAUGGGCUAUGACCUGGGGGAAGUGGAGUUUGCUCGCAUCAUGACCAUGGUGGACCCCAACGCAGCAGGGGUGGUGACCUUCCAGGCCUUCAUAGACUUCAUGACCCGAGAGACGGCCGAGACUGACACGACUGAGCAAGUUGUGGCCUCCUUCAAGAUCUUGGCAGGAGACAAGAACUACAUCACCCCCGAGGAACUGCGGCGUGAGCUCCCUGCCGAGCAGGCUGAGUACUGCAUCCGCCGUAUGGUGCCCUACAAGGGAUCUGGGGCCCCGGCUGGAGCUCUGGACUACGUGGCCUUCUCCAGUGCCCUCUAUGGGGAAAGCGACCUCUGACCCCAACCACUGAGGUUCUCUAUGCAAGACGGAGAGAGGGUGCACCCUGUGGCUGAUCCCAUCUGUCCCUCGGAGCAAGGGCCUGAGAGAACAGCCAGCCAAGUGCUUCUGAAUAAAGAUCCCUCUGUGGGUCUCU